CAAAAAUACUAACGCAAACACAAAUCAGCUGAUCCAAAUGUUAUUGUAUUUUAUGAGUAAACAUUUUCAAACAUAAAUGAGAGAAAAAUGAAUCACUAAUAAUUCAGUAACUCAAAAUAAGUGGAAUAAAUUACUGAGUUUCUUUUAAAAACUCGUGAAAAUGGAUAAAGAAACUUACGAAACCUAUGAAUUCUUGCCCUCAAACAACGUUGCAUCUGAAUCUGACCAAUUCUUCGUGGUACAAGAUGACGGUACUUUUCUUAUAACCAAACAAAUACAAUAUGUGAACCAAGAACCUGAAAAUAAAGAACUAUCUGUGAAUACAGUCCCUGUGUAUGAUGCGCAGCCUCAGCAGUAUUAUGUGAAUGUUAACAACUCUACUGAACUCAUCAUUCCAGAGUUAGUAAUACCUAACGGGAAUAGUAAUUUGUUCACCAACAAUUACCUGUUGCAAACAGAAGGCAUUACAACUACAGCAACGACUGAACAGGUAGUAAAUGUAACGGAUGAAUACAAAGAGACCAGCACAGAAAUUGCUUCAGAGUCUAACAAUAAAUCAACAAAUAACUGUACUGAGAUAACUUUAAGUGAUGAACAGUAUCAAACAUUAGAACAGAAGGGCUGGAUUCUACUGGAAUCAAAUGAUAAAAUAUUUGUUUUAAAUACAUUGGGACUACAUGAUAUCACAACCAAUGAUAAAUUAAUACACAAAUUGAAAAGCGAAAUUCAGAAUAAUGCCGAUAUUGAUAUGGAGUCUGGAUUGGUCAAGGGUGAUGUUAUUCCGAAUGCUACCCAAGAUUCAUCAACAAAACAUACUACUGUCGAAUUUGUUGUCGCUAAUGACGAGGUCUCUCAAAAUGGACAGGAUAUCCAAAAUGUCUGCUUCGUAGUUGGGGAUAAAGAAGGAAUUACAGAUGAUGGACCAAUCGAUGAGGGAUUUGACUAUAAAAAAGAGGCCCAGUCAGCAAAUGCCGCCAUUCAAGACGAGACUAUAGAAGUUUUCAGAGAACAGGAUAGUAAUUCCAUAAAAAUUAAAACUAAAUUUGUUUUCCCAAAUAUUCCAAAUAAAAUAAUAUUGGGGAAAACUGCUAAUGGUAAAAGAAUCGUGGCGAAAGUGGUCAAGAAAAAUAAACCCCUCACAGUAUAUGAGAAAAUAAUGAACAAUAAGCAAUAUAAUGGCUCAGACCUCAGUGAAUCACAAUUUUUAGCAUUAGUCCACCAGGCAUUACGCUCAUAUUCUAAUACUUUUUAUGCUGAAGACGCGGUGGCAGCGAACGCGGUUAUUUUUCAGUUACUUAAACUACCCGCUCUGAGGCAAUCUAUUAUUGAUCAGAAAAUUAUUCUGACGAAGAUAAGAAGUACUAAAGACCAAACUGGAAAAAUAAUUAAAAGUAAAAUAUCACUUAUUACCGGCAAAGUUAAUUUAUCAAAUAAUAAAGAAGAAUGUUUUACACACAUACCCAAUUUAUUACACAAUUUACUGUUGAAAAAAGAUGUAACAAACCCGAAACUACCCGAUAAAACUAAUGCUGACAAUGAUGUUAUAGAAAAUGAUCUUACUAUUUAUCAUAUACAUGUAUCAGAGGUAGUUUGUGAGGACAAUGUUGUGCGAGUUCACAUUAAUUUAGCCAAACGACAAUUUGCUGUAGAUUCUGUUCUAAGGAAAGCACAAACAACAUACGCGUGUGGUGCUUGCGCCACAAUGUUCACAACAUUAGAAGACAUUAAACAACAUCAAGAGGGUCAAUGUAUGGAAACUGAAGGUAAUCUUACAAUAGACAUAGACAUUCUCAAUAAAAAUAAGGAAACUUACUCAGUGAUCAAAAAUGGGAAAGAAAAAUUAUACAGUUGUUUGCAAUGUGAUGCGAGGUUCGCAAAAGUAAGUCACUGCCAGAAACAUGUAAAAACUCAUUUCGUUCCUACAAUCCCUUCAAAAUCAGACGGUGACAAAGGGAAUACCGAGCAAAUGGAGGUCGGGAAGGAAAAGGAAGUGUACAAAUGUAAAAUGUGUCCAGCUACGUUUUAUCACCCAUCAACUCUGUCAAGGCAUAUAGUCACACGACAUAUUAAAUUAAAAGCAAAUUAAAUGUUCUCGGUAUA